UAGGGGGAAUUACAUUUAGGGAAACUGUUGUACUGAAAACUGCAGUAAUGGAAACCGCAACAGUAGAAACUGCAGCAGCGGAAACUGGAGCAGUGGUAACUGGAGCAAUGAAAACUACAGCAGUAGAAACUGCAACAGUGGACACUGCACCAGUGGAAUCUGGAGCAGUGAAAACUGCAGCAGUGGACACUUCAGCAGUGGAAACCACAACAUUGGACACUGCAGCAGUGGAAACCGCAUUACUGAACACUGCAGCAGUGGACACUGCAGGAGUGGAGACUGCAGCAGUGGAAACUGCGGUAGCAGCAGAUGAACAAGCAGGGGCAGGACGGGAGCAUCUGGAAUCUGGAGCAGUGAAAACUGCAGCAGUGGACACUUCAGCAGUGGAAACCACAACAUUGGACACUGCAGCAGUGGAAACCGCAUUACUGAACACUGCAGCAGUGGACACUGCAGGAGUGGAGACUGCAGCAGUGGAAACUGCGGUAGCAGCAGAUGAACAAGCAGGGGCAGGACGGGAGCAUCACUAUGAAGGCAAUUUUUUGUGGCAAUCAAACGAACGCGUCAGACUUGCUACUGACAUACCAGAGGAGCUAUUGCUUCUUUAUUUCAAAGUAUGCAACAAGGAUGAAGUCGUCUCGCCGAGGAAGAUGAACAGACUUCGCGACAUGUACAGAAGUGAAUCAAGGGGAAGUAAAUCUGUUUCAAGACCAGGGACUCCAGGAUCUGUUAACAAGGAUGCUGCAUUUGUUGUUCCUUCCCGCCCACGCUCCGCUCCGAGGCCAAGAAUGAAGACGGGGGACGUCGCUCUUUUCGACACGAGACAGAAGACUACGAGGGGGGUCGUGGAAAGAGCGUUCGGACGACUGAAGAGGAUGUGGAGGUUAUUCCUGCGUCAUGACAAGACGAAUAUGAAUAACCUUCCGCAGCGAUUCACUGCCGUCUGCAUCAUCCACAAUCUGUUGCUAGAGGUCAGGGUCGCAUUCGGCGACCAUUUGUUGCUAGACCGCGACCGGGAUGGGAACACCGUCCCCAUCGACCUUAGUUUGCAGGAUUUGCCACACCCCGUGUCCCAGGCCAGCGCCACAAAGGCUGCCCUCGCUUUGCGCGAUGCUCUCCACAUGCACAUGCGAUAGGGAGUUCCGUCUCGGAUGUUAGGGUUCU